GUUUUUUGUGACGUGUAUCAACCUAUAAGGUUGGCGUUCUUUAUCGGAUGAGAGAAAUGCUGUAGACAAAUAAACAAUGCCUCCCCGAAUUCUUCUACAUUCCCAUCAUGAUCAUGAUCAUCAGGAGUCUGAAGGAAGCGCCACCAUAGCUAAGACUACAGCUAUGUGCGUUCUCUUCACAGCCUCAUUCAUUAUAGGAAACAUACCGAUCAAGUUAAAUCAAUGGCUCAAUUGGAGUUCCGAUGCGAAAAGUAACGCCUACGUAAAACUUCUUCUCGGCUUGGGCGGCGGCGUCCUCCUAUGUACCACUUUCAUUCAUUUAUUGCCGGAAGUCAGUGAAAAUUUUGAGAAGUUGGAUCUAACUCCAAACGUCGAAAUACACUACGCAGAAGUAUUAAUGUGCGUUGGAUUUUUCAUAAUGUAUCUCGUUGAAGAAUGCGUCCAUGUUUAUUUGGAAUACAAGGAGAAGCCUCCAGAUAUGAAAAUACCUUUAAAAGAACCAGUUGAUGUCGAUUUAGGUUUGGCACUAAAACGAAGUAUUUCCAUCAGAAGGGGGGAAAUCCCUGACGUGAAGAGACUUCGUCAAGAGUUGGCUAUAGAAGCAGAACACAAUGGACACUCCCAUUCACAUUCUCACCAUCAUUCCCAUACACCUGUUCACGGUGGAAGUUCCACAGUCGCCAUAAUUAGAGGACUACUAGUGGUGUUAGCUCUUUCAGUACACGAACUCUUUGAGGGUCUAGCUGUGGGCUUAGAAAGUUCUCCCAGCACAGUGUGGUAUAUGUUCGGAGCCGUAAGUGCACAUAAAUUAGUGAUCGCCUUUUGUAUCGGUGUAGAACUAGUAACAUCGGGUUUGAAAACGUAUCUCGUGAUUAUUUAUGUAUUUAUGUUUGCUGUUGUGAGUCCAGCUGGAAUAGGUAUUGGAAUAAUGGUCAGCGAAACUGACAGUUCGUCAACUACAUUAGUAUCUGUGAUAUUACAAGGUUUAGCGUCAGGAACUUUAAUGUACGUGGUCUUUUUUGAGAUUCUACAAGGUGAUAAAAGAGAUGGACUUAAACAAUUCGGUGCAAUACUUCUCGGAUUUUUAAUUAUGUUUGGUAUAACCAUGAUAGAAGCUUAAGAUAUAUUAUAAGUUUUGUAAAAAUAAAAAGAUGACAAAUAAUUUUAUUUUGUUUGUAAAGUGUAAUACUUACCUUAACCCUUCGUAACGUGUUCUGUGGCCGUAAGCUGAAGAAUAAUAACAGUUCCUGACAGAUUUUUCACCGACAGAGCUUCUGCCGGUAUUUUAUCUAUUCCCG